AUGAAUUGUGUUCAUCAUCCUAAAAGUGUAAUAUCUUUAAUAUGUGUUGCUUCUCACAAAUGUUAAAGGAAACUCUGUGUUGAAUGUAUACAUGAAAAAGAGCUUGAUUACCACAAAACAGUUCUUAUUGAUAAGUUUCAUGAAUAAGUUAUUAAGAAAUUUCAAGAAUAUAGACUUGAUGAUGUUUCUGAAUUAAACCAAUAGAUAAUGAGUUUUAAAUCUCUCCUAUCUCAUACAAUAAUUGUUAUUCAGAAAGUUUGGGAAUAAUUGUCAUAAUCAAUUACUUCAAUAUAUGACAUUAUUUAAAAUUAAAAUUAAGAAUAUUUGAAUCUCUUGAAUAAAAAUUAUAAUCUAGCAGAAUCCUCAUACACUAAUUUAGAAGAAUUGGUAUAAAUUGUUAAGGAAAAUACUUUAGAUGAUUGGUAUAAUAAGAAAAAAUCUUACUUAAAAAAUAUGGAAAAAUGUUAAAAAUGGAUAGAUCAGGAAUUGGCAUAUUUCAUUUAAAAUUUAGAGGAUAAAAUGAAAGAGCUUUUGUUAAUGUUUAGGUAAAUCAUUUUCAAAUAAUAUUUUUUUUAAUAGUUCAAAGAAAGAGGAGAACAAAUUGGAAGAAAAUAAAAAUUAAGAAAAAUAAAUUUUGAAUUCCAAUUAAAAUUUAGUAGAUAAUUAGAUUAUUAAUGAUUUAUAACAAUAGAUUCAUUAACUUCAAAAAAUAAUUGACUUGAUGGAUAUUACAUCAUUUAGAUUAUAGAUAAAAUAAUUACUCAUAUCUUUUAUUGUUUCUCUACAAAAUUAGUAAAUAUUGAUUAUAUAAUUUUUAAGGUCUAAAGAUGCAUAAGGGUAUUUGCAGAUUUUAUUAAACUUACUAGAAAUGAAUGAUUAAGAAAAAAAAUAAUUAGAGAGUAUUGCCAGUUAAAUAUAUAAAAAGAAGAAAGAAAGUCUUUUUAGACAAUUAAUAUGA